AUGCAGUCCUCUAGGUAUAAGAUGUAUCUGAGCUUGCUUGGGAGGUUGGAUGUCUUGAUCUCGCGGGGAGGUGACCCUGAGGACAUUGCGGCGGUCAAGUCCCUGAUGAGGAGUUAUCAGUAUGAUAGGUACGCCUCCCUUGUAAAGGAGAGGGAUCAUGGGUCUUACCACUCGCCCGAUCCUUAUCUGAGUUGCAAGCGGAAGGAAGGUACCAAAACUAUCGCUGGUCUGCGGGGCACCGACGGGAUCCUUGAGGAGUCUCCUCACGGGAUUCUGAAGGUGGUCCGCGACUUCUAUAUUGAGCUCCUCGGUAAGGGCAGCCCCCAAUGUGCCGAGGGGGGAACAUCACGUAGGAGAGAGAUUGAUAACUUCUUAAGCGAGCUCACCCUCCCUGAGCAUAGCGACCUUUCUUUUGACGAGUUGGUCAGCGAGAUCACCAUAGAAGAGGUCACAGAGAGUAUCCAGCAGCAGAACAAGUGUAAGUCGCCAGGUCCUGAUGGUCUGACGGCUGAGUUUUACCAACAGUUCUGCGACCUCUUGGCCCCUCAUUUAACCGAGGUGUUUAAUGAGAGCUUAGCUCAAGGAUUAUUGCCACCCUCGAUGAGGACUUCUGCCCUGAUCUUGCUGACCAAGCCGAACGUGCUCGACACAGCGGAUGUGGGGAACUGGCGCCCCAUAUCCCUGUUAAAUGUCGUCAGGAAGGUCCUGGCAAAAAUUUUGAUGAAACGGGUACAGGGCCUGGCGAGGCGUAUCCUAUCCACCUCCCAGUACUGUACAAUUGGGGGACGAACUGUCUUCGAUGCCGUUUUCGAG